AUGACGAUGCUUCAUACGGACGGUUCAAUUUUAUAUGAGAAUGGCAAGGAUCCCGAUAUGAAAAUCAAAUUCGAAUCAGGAGAAGUUCUGUUAUUGAACGAAGCCACCCAAUAUGGCCAAGUCGACAUAGUCCGAUUCCUACUCAAUCACCAGCCACGAUACGCCAGCAUCUACGAACGCGACCAAAGCGACUCUACUGCAUUACUAUCAGCUGCUUCGGCCCAAGGUCUACCUGGACCUGCGGAAAGCGAAGCAAUGAUAAAUUUGCUAUUGGACCGAGGUGCCUCCGCGUCUGAUGUCUCAAAUGAGGAUGCAAGAAUAAGCAACACAGUCCUGACAUUGGUUACACAGUGGGCAGGUUCACCAUUGAUCAAGAGGCUCAUCGACGAUGGUGCCGAUAUUUACACCAAGGUGGAAAGAGUUAACGCACUAUAUGUUGCCUGCACUCACGCAAACUUCGAAGCUGUGAAGACUCUUAUUGAUUGUCGGGGCGCUGAGUUGGAUACUUUGGAUGUCCUAUGGCAACGAGACAGUCGUGGAAGUCUUCCUCUCCAUUGGGUGACUCAAAGCGACUUGCCAAAGGAGAGUUUUGGAUACUCAAAUGCGGGUGUCCGCGACAAAGCACAGAGCAUUGCGAAUAUCGUUGAACUGCUCUUUGGCCUAGACCCAACCAUCAUCAACCUCCUUUGCGCCAGGGGCGGCGAUGCCAGCAUACAGAACACAGAAGGUCAAACGCCUCUGCAUACCCUAUUCCGUCUCGAGGAUGGUGGUGACUAUAGAGACUACUUUUGCGAAAAGAAUUCCGUCGACAUAGCCACCGUAACAGCUUUACUCGCCCAACCGGCAAACCUGGAAUGGGCCGAUGUCGUAUCACUUCUUCUUGUGCACGGCGCUGACCCUGCCCUACUGAAUUUGAAUGGGCAAACAGCCCUUCACCGAGCUGGUGGUGGUACGUACUUGAGACGUAACCAGAAGUACAAAGCGCCGGAAAGAAUAAGGGCACAGGAGGAUGUGUUGUCAAGACUGGUGAAGGCUGGAGGGGUGGGGCUGAUAGACUUGACGGACGCGGAGGGAAUGAAACAUAGAGAGAUAUAUCAUAAAACGAGGCAGGGAUGGAAAGAGCUCGAUGGCCCCCCGAAGCAAACUGGAAAUGGGAGGGGUCGAGGAAGAGGACCUAGGAUACAUAAGAUUUAG